UAAAUUAAUAUUGACGUACAAUUUCUUAAAAUAUUAUUAUUUUUGUUCGUAAUUAAAUUGAGCUUAUAAAAAACACUAUUGCUCUAAUUUAUAGGAUUAUAAACAAUAUGUUGCGGCUACGAUUAGUUUCUACUAGCCUAAUAAAAAAACUUGAAGGUAUAGCAUGUUAUAGCGAUACUACGAAACCUCUGGAUACUACUUACUUAGAAAUUCCUGUUUAUGAUAUAGAUAAACCCCAAACUUUGGAGAAACGUAAAGCUAGACUUCACUACCAGUCUCGCAAAAGAGGAAUGUUGGAAAAUGAUCUUCUUUUGAGUACAUUCGCUAAAAAAUACUUGGAUGGAUUCAAUGAGGAGCAAACCAAGAUGUACGACCAUCUUAUCAAUUCACCGACAAAUGAUUGGGAUAUAUUUCAUUGGAUUGUUGAAAAGAAACCCACACCUCAAGAAUUUGAUAAUGAAAUUAUGAAUCUAUUAAAGAAACACGCUAAAAAUGAAGAAAGAGUGACUUUGCGUCAGCCUGAAUUACUUUGAAGAGAAAUAUGCUUAUUAUUUAUUUUACUGAUAAUAUGCAGUCUUUCAUAUAAAUAUUGAUAGAUAAAUUAUUAGAAAAUGGUAUAUUGUAAAUUUCAUUUAUGUUUAUAUUAUUAAAGUCUUUAAUUUUGUAUUACAAAAUU